AUGGAUGCCUUCAAAGCCGAUCAUGUUUGCGGCACGUGCAAGACAAAGAAGAAGCGCUGCGACAAGAUCCUCCCCAUAUGCGGUUACUGCUCGAAACGGAGCCUGAGCUGCAGCUACGACACUGCUGCGGCCGCCGCGGACGACACCGAUCCUGCCGGGCACGCGCCGGCCGUGCUGCUGCCUCGGGACUGGCACAGGAGUGGUAGCAACCGACUCCACGGGGAUGCUUCUGGUAUCGCUUCGCCACCAGCAGCGAGUCUGAAGGUUUCUAGUCUGGAUGCGACGAUCAACAGACAUCUCACAAACGUUCUUCAGGACAUCAACCUGCCAAUAGAAGUAGUCAUCAUUAGGUUCUUCCAGGGCUUUCACAAAUGGCUCCCAAUCAUAUCCCCAAGGACACUCCGCGAUCAAGUCUCCCAGAACAUACUGUACCUCGCAGACUCGGCACUACUGCUGCUCACGAUGGCGCUAUUCGUGGAAUGUCCUCCAAAGGCACCUCCCCGGGAUGGACCAGAAGCUGCUCUCAAUCCACUAUUCGUCUUCUUGAGAAUGCUCACGGCGCAAGUGCAGACUGAAAGGCCACUCUCGUUGCGCCUACUUCAGACACACGUCCUGCUAGCCGCUUACGAGUACGCCUCAGGCAGGCCGGAAGUUGCCUAUGUAUCGCUUAACACCUGCGUGGGAAUGGCCCAGGCUAUGCAAAUACCAGAGUAUGGUAAGCUGCGGGGCGAGUUCGGCGAGCUAUGCAGAUCAGCUGAGAUCGUCAACACGUGGUGGGCGAUAGUGAUCCUGCAGAGACUUACGUUGAUCGAAUGCCGCCGGCAAAUUGCAACACCAACGACACAGUUCCCCAACGCAGUCAGCCCGAAGCCGUCCGAUCUCGUCAACGAUCAGCCCGACGGUAGUCUUCAUCGACAGUUUGAACGACAAGCGGAAGCAGCGUUCCUGUUCGAUCAGUUCCUUGCCGCCAGGCUGCUCCACGACGAUGCAGAGAAGAUCGCAGAACUCCAGCGCGUCGACAACGAGAUACUACGACUUCUCCAGACUGUAAUGCGAGAAGAGGGAGCCGCGUCUCACAACAGGUUUUCCGCCGCCAGUGCUACUAUAAUUCGCUCACUCUUCGCUCUCAACGAGGAGCUCAUCGCCGCCCUCUCUACUCCCAACGCCAGCGAGAAAGCCAAAGACCGAAUUGAAUUCUCCAAGUCUGCAAUGCACAACCUGAUUCGCCUGGUCAUCGACACUGGCGUACACUCACUGUCGUCCAGCACAGAACCUCCCGUACCAUGCUUCCUGUACUUGGUCAGGACAGCCAUCGGCCACGCCAAAUCAGCUGUCGCCACACAUCCCGGGACGUUCGACGCGGGAGAUAUGGAUCUUCUCUGGAGAAUAGAGGAGAGCCUGACUUCGAGCCGCCGCCGAAACGAGACCAGGGAGUGA